AUGGCGAAGUCCAAUGUUGCUCUUAACCGUGCAGCUCUCAAUGAGUUUAUCUCUAUGCCGGUUUCAUGCGAGAUGAUAUCUUACUUGGCUAGACAAUCGUCUAUGGUUAUCAGAUGCGAAGACCGUGCUAUUCGAGGGCCAGUCACCCAACAGGGGACUCUCACUCCGCCAGCAUCUCCCGAUCUCAAGGCUGCUGACGAGCCUCACCUUCCUCCACUGCCACCACUGGAGUCGUUCAUCUUCUCGCUUGUUACCCGCUCUCAUGUCGAGGUUCCUACUCUCAUGACAUCUCUUGUCUUCCUAGCACGCCUAAAGAACAAGCUGCCGCCAGUCGCCAAGGGCAUGCGAUGCACCUCGCAUCGUAUCUUCCUCGCCGCUCUAAUUCUGGCUGCCAAAAACCUCAACGACUCCAGCCCGAAGAACAAGCACUGGUCUAGAUACACCCUGGUCAAGGGCUAUGACGGCUUUGGCUUCUCCUUGCCAGAAGUCAACCUGAUGGAACGCCAGCUUCUCUAUCUGCUUGACUGGGACACCCGUGUCAACGAGGAGGAUCUUUUCCUCCACUUCGAGCCCUUCCUUGCCCCCAUUCGCAGCCACAUCCAGGCUCAAUGUGACAUGGAGAUGGAACGUGAGCGUGAACGAGAGCUCGCUGUACGUGCAGCUCUAGCCCAGGCCUCCCGUGACCAAAGCCCUGCUCGUAUCCCCAGCGACUAUGGCAUGCAGACCGGCAUCUACGAUUCUCCCCGUUCGAUCUCGGACAAUUCAAGUGACCGCAUCGCACGUCACAAACGUCGGCAAUCCCUGCAGCGAUCCGGUCGCUCUAUCUCCCCGCCGUCUGUUCUCGAUCUGCCCGCUCUCGGCCACGCCGACUCCAACCAUGGCUCCUCGUCCCGAUCUUCCAGUUUGGCUCCCAGCUCCCGAGGCACACCCGCCAGCUUCAACACUGCCUCGUCCUUCCAUGAGGUUGUUGUUGCCGACGGCAGCUCCAGUCCUAGCUCCUCUCACUUGGCGUAUAGCUAUGUCGACAUCCAGAUGAUGCGUCCCAAGCCAAAGAGCCAUGCGAUCAGCUUCCCCGCUGAGAUACAGCCACAGAAACGAGCAAAGACCGCAGGAUCAGCCACCGGAGGAAUCAUUUCGAGAUUCUUCGGCAAGGCCCGUCCUGUCGCAUAG